AUGUUUUUCAAGCCCAUUGGUGCACUUUACGUACGUACGUUAGCCGUGGUCCGAAAUAACUUUAGGGUUGAGAGGAGCAUUAGUCCAACACUGCUGUUCCGCGAAACGGUGGGAGAACAUCGCAAGAACAACUUUGUAUCACCAAAUAAUUUACAUGAAGCCUAUAUGAAACUCGCUUUGGAGACAGUGGAAGAACUCGACUGGUGUCUGGACCAGCUGGAGACGAUACAAACACACCGCUCCGUUUCUGAUAUGGCAUCACUUAAGAAGGAUCGCCUUCGGCAGUUGACUUUUUGGUGUCAGAUUCCCCACGAUAAUGUUCUUCGCCAUAUGGGCGAGUAUUAA